GUGCAGGGUGCAGCUAGCCUGAUCGCAAACUCCUUUUCCCCGUCCCCAGCUUCUCGAAAAAAAUGCCUCCCAAUUCCGCUCUUUCCGGACCGUCCCUCAAAUCUGCACUUUCAAAUAAGCGAAAAGAGCCCGGCCCAAACGACAAUGCCUCCAAGAAGUUCGGUGGUCGCGACGGUGGCCGGCCGCCGAAGCGCGUCAAGAUCCGAAGCGAUAGGGAGAUAGCCACCCAGGAUCCCAGCCUGGCUCUGAAAAAUGGCGAACUGGACCUGCAGGCCUUUCUCAACGCUCGCGAGUUCGAGAUCCGGGCCCUCGAGGAGAGCAUGCGCCACAUCAAGGCCGAGUCCUCCACCCGGGCCUUCCAGCAGGUGCCCCGCGGCAUGCGCCGAAGGACCGCGAGCCACAACGCGAAGAGGGUCCCCAAGAGACUGCGCCGCCGCGCCAUCAAAGAGAUGAACGAAGACAACACCCCGACCGUCGUCCGCCGCCGGAGGAAGCCCAAAACCGCCAGGGCUAGGAUACGUGCCGAGACGGCCAAGAGGCUGGGUAUCCUCGCCGAGAAGAAACGCAAGCGCAAGCUCAAGGCCGCCCGCGAGAAGGCCGCGACGACGAGUGGUUCUACCCCCACAGAACCCUCCGCCACCACCGUCACCACCGUCACCACCGUCACCACCCGUCCGCCACGACCGAAAAUCCGUCGUAACCAGCUCAACGAACCCCCCAAGCCCAAGUCCAAGUUCCGAAAGCGCCAGGCCCACAAGACGUGGCUGCCGACCCAUCUCUGGCAUGCGAAGCGAGCCAGGAUGACCGACCCGAAGAACCCUCUCUGGAGGUUCGCCAUACCCUUGACCCCGAACGAGAAGGUGUACCGCCCUACCCACCGUGCCCAGGGUGAAAAGGGGACGAUCGUUUGGGACACGAGCUACAUGAGCACCAUCGGCCUAUACGGUAAUAACGAGAAGGGCGUGGAGCAGCUUCUCCGGAGGCUGGGCGUCACGCAAGAGAGCUGCUGGGACGAGAGGGGUCGCAGGUGGAGAGCCGGCACCCGCCACUGGACCGGCUUCCUUAGCAGGGAGACGAAACUCGGACGUCGUUUCAUCUGUCCCGCCACCAUCAUCUGGAAUCCGGCAAGUGCGGAAGAACCUCAGCAGCAGCAACAGAACGACCAGCAGCCACCCGGUCCCGAAAACGACCAAGCCGCCGAGCCGGAAAGGAGCCAGACAAAGACGGCCCAGAGGCAACUGUUCUUCAGAGUCCACCCAUCCGCCUUCCUCGAGCUGUUCGACGAACUACUACGCCUAGCCAAGAUGCAGAACCCCCGUCUCUACAUCGAGGAUCUCCGCUUCGAGAUUGGCAGCAUCGAAAUCACGGGGCCGGCUUCGACCGAGACGCUUCUGGGCAUCCUUCACCCAUACUAUACCAAGCCCGACCUGAAAGAGAAGCAUGCCGACGUCUUCGCCAGUUUGACGAGCCUGACCAAUCCUGCAUCAACCCCGCCAAACUCGCUCCUAGCCUUCUCCAUCAUGGACCCGCGUCUGCGCUAUCCACCGCGACGCGCGCCGACCGACUCGGAUGACGAAAAGGCGCAGAACAAGCUUCUCGAUACCCUCGCCAAAUGGCCCGCCGACGAACACGUGAGACUCAGACCCCACGCACUAUUUGAUAGGAAUGUCCGCUUCAACGCCACAAAGCUGCCGUCCCAAAAGUCCAUCGAUCGCCGAAAAGGGGCCAAGCUUCCCGGCACCGAUCUCGAGCCUAGCGUCGCAGAUCCCCCAUUGCCCAUCAUUCUCCUAGCAUCCCGUCCCGGAAAUGUCGCCGCCCAAGCCCAAGGCACGUGGACCCUUCUCGCCCCUUUCAAGUGCAUCCAGCCCCUAUGGUACAGCCUCGUACACUUCCCUCUCUCGUCGGGAGGCAAUCCGCGGUUCGGCGGUCUGAACGAGGCAAGGCAGGUGCCCUUCGAGCGGGGACAGCCCAGUUUCCCCUUUGAUUUCCUGGGGACCGAUGCGGGAGCGCAGUGGGAGGCCGAAGAGCGGGCCAGGAGGAAGCGAGACUGGGAAAGGAGGCCCAAGAGCAAAAGGACGGCAUGGGACGCCCUGGACCUCGGGGCCGGCCGUAAGGGCGAAAUCGGCGACGGAUGGGCUUGUCAUCUCGAGCACAUCUUCCGCCUCGAGGAGGGGGCUCGAGACUCGGCGCAGCUGUCACCCGACAGGAUGGACAUUGACGGGGCUCCGCCGGCUGGCGAGAAAGACGCCAAGGCCGAGGCUCCUCCUCCAGCAGCCGACUCUCUGAAGCUCAUCCAGCGCCUCUCCAAAGAAUCCUUCAAGGAGCUGAUCUCGUCCAAAACCUCCCCGCCCCCACCCCCACCCGAUAACUCCAUCAUCACCGUCUCCAUCACCCUCACGUCCCGCGGCGUCGCCAACCCCUGCGCGAGAAUCUACCGCCUUCCCUCCCGCCCAGCGCCCCAACCCCCCUCCUCCUCCGCCGAAGUCCCCGCCUCGGCCCCGCCCCCGCAAUCUCCAUCCAAAAAGAGCCGCCUCCCCCCCGAUCUCCGCGACCAAUGGCUCGCGCGUCUCCCGCCCUCCUCCUCCGCCCGCCUCGCACUCAAAGGGUCGAAAUCGAAACCCCACUCGAACACAACACCAUCAACAACGACAACGACAAGCAGCAGCCGCCGCCGCCGCCGCUUCCCGCCGGACGCGGACAUGCAAACCCGCAAGCGCAUCCUAGCCGCGUCCCUCCUCGCCGCCGCCGCCACCCCUCCGCCCGCCCCGUACCCGCCGCCCCGGCCGAACCAGACCGAUAUGGGAGGCCACCCCCUCGUGCCGGACGAGGACGACCUGAUCGGGUUCGUGACGACGGGGGCGUUCACCCUCAGCGAGGGCAAGGGGACGGCCGUGGGGUCGAUUGCCGUCCACAAGGCCGUCGAGGCGCUGCAGGAGGCCAGGAGGGGGGGCGGGGGCGCGGGCAGGGACGACAGCGAGGGGAGGUUAUGCAUUGUGCGGAACGCCGGGGAGAACGUUGGAUGGCUGGCGAGGUGGGAGGUCGUGUGACCCAAAGCCGCACCUCGAAGAUUCAGUGCUUACCUAUACACCCAUGUGCUCGCAUUUGCGCCAGGGUUAGUUAGGAUGCAGAGGCACACGCUCAUAAUUAUAAUGGAAUGUUUUGUUUUGGCAUCUGAAUCAUGGGAACUGAAUAUAUAUUUCUUCGUAUAAAGCCGAACGACUUGCUGCGUACAACAGUGUGGGCCCGCAGUAGUAUCACCAC